GUAUGUGGAGCCUCUUGUUUCCAUGUCUGUGUGCAUCCCGCCUCCCUGCGCUCUCAAUAGAUGGUGCAAGUCAAAAUGUCCAAAUCGCCCGUAGACCCUCUGUCUGCUGUGGAAACCGGCUCCCAGUCGCACUAUUUCCAGUUGCCCAGAAAGUUGCCUAAACGCAAGAGCCGCUUCAAACGCUCAGAUGGCAGCACGUCUUCUGACACAACAUCCAGCUUCAUCAAACGGCAGGGGUCGGCUGAUUCGUACACCAGUAGACCGUCGGAUUCAGACCUGUCAGCAGAGGAGGACCGCGAGGCGUAUCGGCGUGAAGCCGAGCGCCAGGCACAACAGCAGCUCGACAGAGCUAAGUCCAAACCUGUAGCGUUUGCAGUAAAGACGAAUGUGAGUUACUGUGGAGCUCUAGAUGAGGACUGUCCUGUCCAAGGAGCUGCAGUCAAUUUCGAUGCCAAAGACUUCCUGCACAUCAAAGAAAAGUACAAUAAUGACUGGUGGAUCGGGCGGUUAGUAAAAGAGGGUGCAGACAUCACCUUCAUUCCCAGCCCCCUGCGACUGGAGGCGAUGAGACUCAAGCAGGAGCAGAAACAGAGGAAAACAGGAGGUAACUCCUCGAGUUUAGGUGACAUGGUGAGUGGGAGCUGGAGGACCACACCACCAUCUGCAGGUGAAUCUAAACAGAAGCAAAAACAGGAACAUGUCCCUCCCUACGACGUGGUGCCCUCUAUGAGGCCGGUGGUCCUCGUGGGACCAUCGCUGAAGGGCUAUGAGGUGACAGAUAUGAUGCAGAAGGCUCUUUUUGACUUCCUGAAACACAGAUUUGAGGGAAGAAUCUCAAUCACACGUGUAACUGCCGACCUGUCCUUAGCCAAGAGAUCUGUCCUCAACAAAAGACCCAUAAUGGAAAGAUCCAACACUCGCUCCAGCUUAGCGGAGGUUCAGAGUGAGAUCGAGAGGAUAUUUGAACUCGCCAAAACCCUGCAGCUGGUGGUUCUGGACGCAGAUACGAUCAACCAUCCCGCACAGCUCGCCAAAACCUCCCUCGCACCCAUCAUUGUCUACGUUAAAGUUUCCUCACCAAAGGUGCUCCAGAGGCUGAUUAAAUCCAGGGGGAAGUCUCAGAGCAAGCACCUGAAUGUGCAGAUGAUGGCUGCAGACAAACUCUCUCAGUGCCCCCCCGAUAUGUUUGAUGUCAUUUUGGAUGAGAACCAACUGGAAGAUGCUUGUGAGCAUUUGGCCGAAUACCUGGAGGUCUACUGGCGUGCCACUCACCUCCCAGGAAACACCCCCCUUAAUCCCUUACUGGAGCAAAGUCUGAUGACGCCGCCUUCUGCCAUCUCUAGCCUACAGAACAAGAACCAGCCGCAGCCUCGUGAGGCGGUGGGCUUGGAGGGUGACGAGGAGGAGGAGGCUGGCGAGGAGGCCCACUCCCCCCUGGAGCAGGACAGUCUUAUGCCAUCUGACGAGGCCAGCGACUCCCUGUCUCGCGGCCGGAGGGGAAGCCCCUGCCACAGGGGCGGCGAGGAGGAUGAAGAGGAGGAGGAGGAGGAAGAAGAGGAGGAAGAAGAGGAGGAGGAUGAGUAUACCUCCCCCUGCCACACUCGCACAUACAGGGACAUGUACCCGCCUCACCGUGGGCACCCAGGCAGCGCCCACAGUGCCAACGGGCACGAGUCACAGGACAGGCUGCUCCAACGCGAAGCUCAGCAAGGUCACAACCAGAGGAACAACCGCCAGCGCAGCCGCCCUUGGCCCCGAGACACCUACUGAAACCAGGGCCCCUCCCCGCCUCCAGAUCGGCACCGAGGCCCCCCACCACCGAGCCCUACGACAGUCUCACAGUUCCAAACAAAUGAAUUUAAAAAGAUGAUAAAAUUUCCCAAAAUCAGCUCAAAAACUUCAAUGCUAAUCGGAAACAAACAGAAACAGAUGCCCAGUUUAAAUAAUCUAAUGUUCCAGUUUAUCCACAGAGAGGAUUACUAACCUCUUCUAAGUCAAGUCAUUCAGAUUAAAGUCAACAGGGCUGCUCACCUCUGCAAUGGAAAGGUUUCAGGCUACCAGCUGUACGCAAACUCAAACUUUAGCUGCUUUGCCUAAGGUUUCUCUAUUGUAGGAUGUCUCAUAUACUGGCCUUAAAAUUCCUAAGACUUUUAACUAUCUUUACUAUUGCAUGUAUAAUUAUUUUAAGACUAUUUGCACAUUAACGUCAGAACAGGAAUUGAAUGAUCUUUACAGAUAAACUAAUGUAGGAAUGUCUUCUGUUGAAUCCAUUUAAAUGGGAAAUAGUAAUGCAUUUGAUUACAAUGUAUAUACUGAAUGGGCACCUGGUUUUGUUUCAUUGCUACUUAAUUUAAUUGUUUGAUUUUGUUUCAUAGACUUGUUUGUUGCCAUCCAUGUGUUCAGUGAAUGGCAUUGGGGAGACUCACGCUCAGUCUCUACAGUCACAAUGUAAGUAUUCGGUAUGAAGCUGCAGUACAGCGUCAGCGUCACCUACAGUGCAGUAUGUUCUGGGCAUCACUCGUCUUUGCUGUGGCACAAUCACUCUUAAAAAAAAAAUCUAAAAAACGGGCACAGAGAAUGUAAACACAAAGAAAGGGAAUGUUUUCAAUCUUUUAAAAGGACGAAUUCUUUGCCAAAACACUUGUUUACAUCAAGUCAUUCACAUCCGUCAAGCACAUGCUGCGCAGCUGCAGCUCCUCCUCGAAUCCAGGCUUCAGAGAAUGUAAGCUUGCAUGCCUUUUGCACCUCCAGCACCACCCGGUGUCUCCGACCCGACCGAUCGGCCCCUAAUUCGAUUGUAGCACGUUAUUGAUUGUAGCAUCCACGACGCUGAUCUCACCCCCUUUUGUGUUCAAAACAUUGCAUCACGUCCGCGUACUGCAGUUCUACAGCUGGUUCUUUGACCACGGCGGAUCCUCAGGUGUAAAGUCCUACACACUCAUCGCGCUCAACUCCAUGUAAAGAAUGUGUCGUGCUCCUGAAGGACUCGUAGCACUCGAUGUCAUUCUGUUCCUGCACCGUUUCUAGUCCGUGAGCCGACGACGAGUUGGACGUGAUGCUGACGAGCGGCGACCCGGCCCUGUUUCACGCAAUAGGGUUGGCGUCGUCGCAGCCAGCUUUCUAGGAAACACCGGUUUACUGCUUCCAUGUCUCACAGGUAUCCUAUCUAGUGUUCUGUAUAUUUUGAAGAGAAAAAAAAUCAGCAUGAUUGAAAAAGAAAAAAGAAAAAAAAUCUAUGCAAGUGUUGCAUGAAAUCUGAUUGUUUCUUUUUACGGUUAAGUAUUUUAGUAAUGCAUUGAUUCUGACUCUCCUCGUCGUCUUGUAGUGAUAGUCUUGUCUUUGGGGCUACUCACUCCUUGCACCACUAACAACACAACUACUAAAAGUCAGUUUAUUUCUCCACACUCCUUAGUACUGGGGACAUUCUUCCACUAUAUUACAGGUUGACGCACUUUUAAAAGUCACUCACUAAAAAGUUGUCCCAGAUCAGGCCUUUGAUUUUUUUUUUUUUUUUUUUUUUAAUUUGUGAUAAAAGGAAUGAGUGAAUAAUCAAAGCCCUGUAUGUCUUAGUUCACCAAUUAGCUACUUUCAUUAUAUUUUUGGCAGUUUGUUUUUCAAAGCGGACCAAUUCAGCAACUGAUAAAGCAGUUGAGGUUUUUCAAUUUAUGAAGCACAAUUUUUACAAGGGUUAUAAUUUAGUUUCCUGUCUUAUUCUGUAUGCAAUACGAAGCCUAACAUUGAAAAACUUUAAACGCCUUAGACCAUCUGGACUUCCUCUUUUGUGUGAGUAGAAAAAAAUAUAUAUAUAUUGCACUACUUUUCUUUGAGAUGGUUGCUUUGUAAUGCAAUAACUGCACUAAAUAUAACCAUAUAUCCACCAGACUACCACAGCGUGCUAGCGUGACCCGACACGCCUCUUCCCUCUAUUUAUCAAAAGAGACAGCAAAUGUGUAAAAAGUGAGACAUUUCCUGCCUGAUGCUGUAUAGAAUGCUUUGUAUUUGAAAAUAGAUUUACAAUGCUAAGUAAAAUAUGACUUAAACUAAAUAAACAUGACAUUUUAUGUA